CAAAGUCGUAAACUCAACCACAAGAGAAACCUUAUCUUCUUCUUCAUCCUCAUCUUCAUCGAUCUCUCAAAACAAUGCUCUCGUUUAUCUCUAACCAGAUCGACCGGCAAAAAGAUGUCUCUCAUGAGGAAAAAACCCUAAGCGAUCUCGAAAAAUCCGAUGGUUCACAUUUCCCUGGCGAUGACUACCGUCCGUCCGAUCGAAAAAACUGGAUGGCUGGUCUAACGUUGGAGAAACUAACUCUUAACAAGAUCGUGUGGCCAGGAACGCACGAUUCAGCUACCAACGAUAUCGGAAUACCUCUCAUCUCUCGUCCCUUAGCUGAAUGCCAAACGCUCUCCAUCUACGAGCAGCUCGUCCUCGGGACGCGUGUUCUCGAUAUCCGUGUGCAGGAGGAUCGCCAAAUCUGUCAUGGGAUUCUGACGUCAUACGACGUUGAUGUCGUCAUCGAUGAUGUCAUUAGAUUCUUGUCGGAGACUCACUCGGAGAUUAUAAUCUUAGAGAUAAGGACAGAGUUCGGACACAAAGACCCUCCGGAGUUCGAGACUUACUUGGGGGACAAGUUAGGUCAGUUUCUGAUACAUCAAGACGAUAACUUGUUCAACAAGCCGGUAUCAGAGAUUUUGCCGAAAAGGGUUAUUUGCAUCUGGAAACCUAGAGAGUCUCCGAAGCCGAGCCGUGGUGGACAUCUCUGGAACGCAGAUUACUUAAAAGAUAAUUGGAUUGAUACGGAUCUUCCAUGGACGAAAUUUCAGAGCAAUUUGAAGCNGUAUUUCGUUUUGCUCAAGUGUAACCAAAUUUUGACUCGUUAUAAAUCACACAGAAGAACGGAGAAAAGAGAUACCAUCUUAAGCUCUAUUCUGUAG